UUCACCAUCUCCUUUCCAGCUACAAGAUGUGCUGAACCCAAUGUACACAUGGGCCAUACAUAAGUAUUUACUCUUGGGAGCAAGGCAGGAUUAUCACUUUCCCUAGUGCUACCUGAGAUUUGCUUUCUUGGGAGAAGUAUUGGGUUAUUUUAUCAAUUAAUCUGUAGCUCUUAAACUGUUGCUGUUUUUCUUUCAGCGAAACUUUUGCUCCAGUGUCUUUCAGGUUUUUCCCUGUUAAACUCUCAGUAAGUUUGUCUUCCAUGUUCUGCUCAUCUGUUCCCUCAGCUACUGGACUGUCUAUAAAAUGGGCAGAUUCUCAGCACUGUGGGACAUGUUGCAGCUGUUUUGAUUCUGACCGAAUGGUGUUUGCUGCCUCUCUCCGGUGGUUUUGGUGACACUGGGCCAGUCUGCAACACUGGAGCAUUGGUUGGAGAACAUGGGAUCUGGUAGUUCUGUAAAUGUCAAUUACAAGUACUCCCUGCAGAAGUCUGAAAAUGCUUUCAAGGCAGCUGUUUUGAUCCAGCAGUGGUAUCGGCGCUAUGUUGCUCGGCUGGAGAUGCGCCGCCGCUGCACCUGGAGAAUCUUCCAAUCCAUUGAGUAUGCCUGUGAGCAGGACCAGAUCAAGCUUCACAACUUCUUCAGUUACCUCAUGGAGCAGUUCACACCAAGCAGCAGCAAAGAGAGGGAUUUUAUCAGUCGCAUGUUCAUAAGUGGAGAAAGCUACAAAGAGGCAGAGCUGGAAAAAUACUGUGACUAUGAAUCCAUAGAGGUGCCAGACUCCUACACUGGACCCCAUCUCUCUUUCCCACUCCUUCCUCACCAUGCAACUGCCUUGCUGGAAGCUUUCAAACAGAAACAACAGCUCCACGCUCGCUAUGUCUUAAACCUUCUGCAUGAGACCAGGAAGCACCUCAAGCAGCUGCCAAACAUCAGCCAUGUCUCCACCUGCUACAGCGAGGAGGUCACUGUGUGUGGAGACUUGCAUGGCCAGCUGGAUGACUUGUUCCUCAUAUUUUAUAAGAAUGGCCUUCCUUCCCCUUCCAAGUCCUAUGUGUUCAACGGAGACUUUGUAGACAGAGGCAAACAGUCCCUUGAGAUCCUCAUCAUCCUCUUUACCUUCCUGUUGAUCUAUCCAAAGGAGGUUCACCUCAACCGUGGGAACCACGAGGACCACAUGGUCAACUUACGCUAUGGCUUCACCAAGGAAGUGAUGCAGAAAUACAAGGUGCAUGGGAAGAAAAUCUUAAGGAUGUUCCAAAAUGUCUUCUGCUGGCUGCCCCUGGCCACCCUGAUUGAUGAGAAAGUCCUUAUUCUACAUGGGGGCAUCUCUGACACCACUGACCUGGACAUGCUUGAGAAAAUUCAAAGGGACAAAUUUAUUUCUGUAUUAAGAAUGAAGAAAAGGAAGGAGUCAAAUAGAAAAGUGGAAAUGCAGGACAUAAACGGGGAGAGCAAAUCUGAGGCUGAUGCAGCAGGGAACGAGGCAGCUCCCAGGCUAUCUCUGCAGCCCCAGCCAGCCCAGGCUCCCAGCACGGCCAACAGGCUGGAGUUCUCCAGGUGGAUCCGGCAGACGGUGCAGGAGCAAAUCGACACGUGCCGCCAGCUGGUGGACAUCAGCGAGUCGGAGCCAGAGGAGCUCACCUACUCCAGCGUGGUCUCCCUGAAGCAUGGGGAUGAGCCAUGCCAGCCUCAUCAGGAGGAGUGGCAGCAGAUCUUAGACAUUCUCUGGAGUGACCCCAUGCCUCAGGAGGGCUGCAGAGCAAACAAGGUGCGAGGUGGCGGCUGCUACUUUGGGCCUGAUGUGACAGAGAAGAUCCUUGAGAAGUACAACUUGCAGUUCCUCAUCCGCUCCCAUGAGUGCAAACAAGAGGGCUACGAGUUCUGUCACAGCCGGAAGGUGCUGACCAUAUUUUCAGCCUCAAACUACUAUGAGAUUGGCAGCAACAGGGGAGCCUAUGUGAAGCUGGGACCGGACCUCGUCCCCCACUUUGUUCAGUAUCAAGCAAACAAGUCGGCCCAUAUGCUCACUAUGACCCAAAGAAUCAGCAGAGUAGAGGAGUCUGCCUUCCGAGCUCUGCGGGAAAAGCUCUUUGCUCACACCUCCGCCCUCAUCAGCGCGUUCAAGGCCUACGAUGAGGACAACACAGGAAGGAUCACACUGAGCAACUGGGCAAUGGCAGUGGAGUCAGUCCUGCGCCUGGGCCUGCCCUGGCGAAUGCUGAGACCGCAGCUGGUGCGCAGCACGGAGGAUGGCAUGCUGGAAUACAAAUCCUGGCUGGAUGACCUGGCCAUGGAGCAGCGCAGCCAAGAGCACAUCCAGUCAAGCCUGCUGGAAGUCAUUUACCGGAACAGAUCCAACUUGGAGACAAUAUUCAGGAUCAUAGACAAGGACCAUUCAGGUCUUAUCUCGUUUGAAGAAUUCCAGCAGACCUGGAAGCUGUUCAGCUCCCACAUGAACAUUGAGCUCACGGAUGAUGGCAUCAAUGACUUGGUUCGCAGCAUCGAUUUCAAUAAGGAUGGGAACAUUGACUUUAACGAGUUCCUGGAGGCCUUUCGCCUUGUCAGGCAGUGCCAGGCGUGAGAGCCCACACGGGGCUGCCACAUCCAAUGCCUUCAUGUCUGAGCAGCCGGGACUGUGUCCCACCCAACUGCAGAGUGCCUGCGGAUGCUGAGUGGGGAAAGGGAAGGCGCGUACCCCAAGCAGAGACCAGCAGCUGUGACCCAUUAGGGAGAAGCAACAGGCAAAAUACAUGCCCUGCAAUUCUGACCAUUUGUACAAGAAGCUAUAUUUUAAGUAGAAAUGACUGUGCAAAGGGAAGAUGCAACUUUCUAUCUUAGUUACAGGUCUAUCCAAAAGUAGUAAAAUGGAAGUAAAGGUAUUACUUGGUUUUAACAAGGUAGCACCUGUGUGAUCAGGGGUUUCCUUUUAAUAAACAGUUUUUUCUAGACUGCUGUUUCUUGGCUGUUCUUGUUUUCCCUAGCUUGUGAGCUCUGUGAGCAACAGUGAUGACACCUACUUCUGCUGGUGUUCCUUUGCUGUGGUAAGCUUGUUCCACAAGUUUGAAGCAACUAAAUAAGUGCAGUGGAGCAACACUGUGAAGAAAAAAAAAACACAUCCGAAGUGCAACACUGUCUGUAGCAGAGGGUCUUGUUUAAGAAAGUGAUUGAGGUAAUUUACUUUUUCAAAACCGAGGGAAGUGCUCCCUGUUAGGGAGCCUGUCCUUCACAUUCAUGAUAUUUUCAGAGCAUGGUACAACUGUAGCUUAAGUAGAGUGAAGUGGGGGGGGGAGGUUGAAAAGCUUACAAAGCAAAAAAAAAAAGUAUCUCAAACAUGCAGCACAGUCAGACUAGCAGGGGAACCAUGGCAGAAGAAUUCACUUAACACUACUACCCCAGCCCCUGAAAAAGAGAAUUUUAGUGUCAUUUGAUUUCUUUAAAGAGCCCAUGUUAGAGCCUGUAUUGCACAGUGGAGAUGUUCUAUUAAUUGGAACUGUGCUUUCAAAAGCAAACUAAUCCUUUUCCCACUUUUUUUCAGUUGUAAUGAAACUAGGCUUCCACAAACACUCUCUCAUGACUAUACAUGCUGCAGCAUGCUUAGGCUGUAUUUUUGUUUUUCCAUCUAUCAAAUUUUAUGAAUGGGAUUUAUUUUGUUUUGGUGGCUAAUGGACAAAAUUAUUUUUUCCUCUGUUUCUGCUGUACAAACUCUUACUGCAGGUAACACAAGUUCUUUUGUUUCAGUUAUUAUCAGUGAAUUUUUUAAUGGGGGUGUUAAAAACUGCUCUCCAUUGCAUGGAGUAGGUACCUGCCCUGCAGCACUUGCUACCAGGCAGGGUGUAAGGGAGAUGGCUCUGUAUCUUGGUUUGGGGACUGAGGCUGCCAGCAGCUCUGUGCCAUCAGGUGCCAUCUCUGUGCCCAUGACUUGCAGUGCUUGGAGCAGAGUGAAGUGCACUUCCCUGGAGCUGUGAGCAGCAUCACUGAUGUAACCGAGAGCCAACAUCACACACCAGUUAUUACAAA